AUUGGCUAUCCCGGUCCUUCGACUGUCUUCGUGGAACGUGGAGUCAUUUCCAAGCUUAUUUCCUUCAUUUGAGAGCGAAGCUUGAUCGGAGUUCUCUCAUCAGGUGAGUCAUAAUUAACUGGACGGAAUCUGAGAUUCCUGGUCGUUCUUUUAAGCUUUCUUUUGCGGUUCAUCUCUUUCGCUGUUAAACGGAAUUGCUGGCAAUGCUACUUCUCCUUGAACUAAUCGCCGGAUCCGUUCGGUUCUUGACACGGAAUUAUUGCAUCGUUUUAAACUAGAACGUGACUUGAUGAAUUCAUUGUCAUUUUUAUUCUGUACCUGACAUGAAAGCACUGCCAUUUAAGCUGUGUUUGUGUUUUAGCAGACCUGAUAUUUCUAAAUCAAAGUUACUUUUUGUGCCUGCAUAAUAUACGUACACUGUGCACUUGUGUUAUUUUAGUGUACUCUUGUAAGUUUUAAAUCUUGUAUACUUGGAAAUGAGCUAAUACAUGGAGAAAGUUUUCUUAGCAUGCACGUUCUGAUACCUUUCAUAUUUUCUGCCCAUUUUUUCGAUUUUUUUAUAGCUAUACUGAUUAAAAUAGUUUAAUUAAUUUUUAUACUCAGUCACCCAUGCUCUGCUCAAUCGACUCAAUAUCUGCGGUCGGGUUUCAAUCAACCACAGGGCAAUUACAACAAGAAAUCAUUCCGAAUUUCACUCGAUCCUGUUUGUAAUAUUCCUUUUCUACGUUAACUUGUUGAAGGAGAAAUAUUUUCGUCGUGUUCAUUUGACCUCGUUUUGGACUUCCUGUUGAUUCAAGGUGAAAAUUCUCGUCUUUAUAAGCUUGAUAUUCUUUCAAUCAUCUGCUGGUUUACCCGAUUUUUAGACCAUUUAACUGAAUGUUAAUGAACGUUGGUUUAAGACUACUUUGAAUUUUGUAGUAACAUUCCUGUGAUAAGAUGGAUGUUAUUUUAGAGCUUCUAAGUAAAGGUGUAUUUGUUGCUAUGUGUAUAAUGUACCUCCUUGCACCUGUGUACAAAUCAUUAACCCUUUUUUCGGUUUUCUGCAAUCUAUUCUUAAAUAAAUCCACAGAUCAAGUUUAGUUAUUCCUGGAAGCUGGGGUGAUCAAUUUAUGAUGUUGCAUUGUUCCUCAUUGUUUUAAACUGACAAUGAAACAAAACAGUUUGAAAAAUUUCAGUUUUCAUCUGUGGGGUCUUUGCUAGGUAUAGGGAGUUGUAGUUUUUUAAAGUUUAUCUGCACAAGAGAAUUGUAAUUUAAAGUUAGUAGUAUUGUGAUUGCAAAAUGAGAUACUGCAAUGGUUAGUAAAUAACAUUUUUCUAAUAGACUGGUUUCAGUUUGGCAUAAGACAUAACAGUGGAAUCUGGUUAAUGUGGACACCAAAUGAACAUGUUAAAGUGUCUUUAUUAUCUGUUUGUUUGUUUUCUUGAUGCCGAGGUUAAAGCAUUCGGAUUAAAAGCAACAGAAUAAUGUGUAAUGUAAUAACUGUAACUCAGCACAAACUGAAGAAACCUUCCCUUAAUCAAACAAUUUUGCACUGAAUUUAAUGCUCGCUCGUUUUUUCAAAGGUGUCAACAUAAUUAUUUAACAUAGGUUGAGAUUUGGCAUUUCUCACUCAUUUUCAGUUUGCAGUUAUGCACUUGAAUUCAUAUGUGCAGAUCAUGACCAUUGAUGAAACAAUGUUAACUUUGUAUGACAGCAUGUAAUUUGGGUCAUCUAAAAGUUUUACUGUCCAUUGUCUGUAUUAAAGCUGUAACAAUACAUCAAAGUAUCUAUUAAUCGCGAUAUUAGUACUGCAAUAGCGAUGGAUCAGUAGUAAAAAUGAGACAUCAAUAAUAAUUGUGAUUGUGUAGUGAACUACCAAUAGUUUUGAUAGUUUCUCUACUUCUAACAUUUUAAAUUUCUUUGGAAAAUAAAGAUUCCGUUUUUACCCAUCUUAGAUUCUCAAGGUCACAGUAAAAAAGAAACAAAAAACAAUCUACCAUCCUACUGUACCUACAUCUACAGCUGUAGAAUGUUUUAGUGUCUUGAUUCUUGAACCGCUUUGGGUGUAAUGUUAGAGAAGGGUUAUAUAUAUCGCUGAGCUCGUUCAAACAAAAAAGGAAAGGCUUAAAACUAUCGCAAUACUAUUGCAAUAGUACCUCCACUAUCACAAUAUUAUCACAAUGUUGGCAUGACCUAUUGCAGUACAGUUGCAAUAGUUAAAAUUUCUGCAAUAGUCACUUGUAAUCUGUAUUAAUUUAAUGUUACUCCUUUUAAGUGGGUUAAUAAGGGAAAGUAUAUGACCUGUUUGUCUAAAUGCAGGAAAAGGUCUGUAUUAUCAGACGGGUUUCAUUGAAAGGUGGAUUAGGCUGCUUGUUGGAGUGAGGUAACCUAUUCUAUUGAUAGGGUUCAAAAGAAUCCUUCUUUAAUUAAUUUAAUUUAGAGGGAAAAGUGGCUAACUUCUGAGCAAAGUUGCUUGUGCUUUUUGGUAGGUGUAUGUGCUUUUUGAAAAUGCUGAGCAGGUGUCCAAUAUAAGCAGGUGUCCAUAAAGCCGGGUCCCACUUUAGAUGUUAGGUGUUUGUGUGUUUUGACAUUUUAAGAAGUCCCUGAAAGAUAUUGAAAACUGGCCAUCCAGAAGGCUUGUUUUCCCAUAAAAUUAUUAGAGAUUAAGUGAAUUUCCUUGUAUUUCUUCCUAAAAUGGGUGUCCUUAGGAUGACUGGAGACCCUUCUGGCUAAAACCUUCAUUACAAUUCCACAAGGAAUUUGUAUUAUUUAAUCAGUAAUGUAUUGCUGAAGAUCAGAUAAGGUGAUUGGAUAGGAUCAACAGUUUAUGGCAGUAAUAUUAACAUAUCAAUUUGGAGAAAUAACAAGAAGGCACAAAUACACUGUAGGACCAAGAAUGUAAUAAAUGAUUCAAGCGAAUAGAGAAGAUUCAGUAUAUUUAUGUACACUACGCACAAAAUAAGAAACAUGGAGGAAAGGCUAAAACUAUGCAUGUUAAUGUGCACAGAAAUUUCUUGAACUCCAAAAUUGUCCAGAUAUGAAGUAUACCAUGAAUUGUCUUUGAAUAAUCAUGGGUAGAGCUAUGUGUCAGAUCUGGUAGGGACCCUCUGUGGACCAACCUACAGUGUGUUUACAUUAUUUUGCUGUAUGUACUUGCAAGUGUUAUUUUGCGUGUAUUUCAGAUACAUAUAUUUGUUGUGGUUCAAUUUUAUUUUGUUUUGUUUCGAUUCAUUAACAUAUGGUAUUCUGCCCAAAAAUCAUUUACAGUGUACAUGUUACAGGUCAAAGUUGAUUUCAGGUUAAGUUUGAUUUAACCUAGGUUGAUUCUCAGUUCCUUUGUCUCAUAGCCCUAAUUCAUGAAUAAUUAGGGCUAUGAAACAAAGGAAAUAGAGAAUCAACUGAGGUUAAAUAAUUGCAUCCGACGUUAGGAGAACACAACACAAAAUCAGUUGGGAUUCCUGUGGUACUCAUUUUGUUGUACGACUGCAUUUUCUACACCAUCUUGAACAAUUUAUCUUGUGGGCACAAAAAUAUUAAAUACAAUUAAUUUGACAUUAUGGUCUUAGCAGUGGUUGCCUGGUGCAAUGGAUAAUGCGUUGCCCUUGCACGUCAAAGGUCUUGGGUUUGACUCCUGCUGGGUGAGACUUUUUCUUUUCUUCGUAGUCGUUUUGUUUUCUUUUGUUUCUUUUUUAAAAAAACAUAUAGGAAGCGGUUUGCAGCAUUAAUUUAUUAGGAAAUAAUGUCACAUUUGACAGUAAACCUAAAAAAGCUGGAACGCAGUUCCUAAUCUGAGAUUACUACUAGCUUUAAAGCACUAAAGCAUUAAAGCACUGUAGAGGUACACAUUGUCCAUACAUGUAAACAAUUGUGUUCUUUUGUAUCAGAACUCCCAAGUUAAGGCUCAAUCAUGCCAGCUCCUGGGAAGCUGAGAGACCUUAUACGAACAAUAAGAGCUGCAAGGACAGCAGCUGAUGAGAGAGCAGUUAUAGCUAAAGAAUGUGCCUACAUCAGAGAUUCAUUUAGAGAAGAAGAUAAUGACUUCAGAUGCCGCAAUGUUGCCAAGUUAUUGUACAUUCAUAUGCUUGGUUAUCCUGCUCACUUUGGCCAAGUACGUACAUGUUCAAUAAUUAUUUUUUUGUGUAAUAAAUAAAUUUUUGUCUAGAAAGAGGUAAUGUGAAGAGGGAAAUUGUCAGUGAUAUCUUUUAUUCCAAUCAUUAAUCAUACAGGCUUGCUUUUAGGAAUUGCAAGUGAAUCUGAUUAUGAUACAGCUUUCAUUAACAGUGCACAUGUAUGCUGGUAUUUAGUAAUGGGCUGUGAAGAAUAAAAGAAUAUGGUCUAGGUGUGGGCAAAUAAUUUCAUGCUUCUUGAGUACAUACAUGUAGGCUACCCCUGUAAAGAGAUUCUCAAGUUUAACAAGCAUACCACCUUUUGGGGGUUUUGUACAUGAAGUUUUUCAACCGUGUUAACCUAGGAGGAAUGUGAUUUAACCCAUGAAUGGAUGUUACCUAAAACAGUUACACUGUAGGCAUUGUUUUGUAUCUUGCCCUGCUUUUCAUUGUUACAUAUUCCAUUUUAAUCAAGAUAUAAGCUAUUUUGUGGGGGAGACUGGUUAGGAAACCUGGCAAACAUCAAAGUGUAAAACAAUGGUGCUGUAGUUUAUAUUGGAAGCUCUGUGACCAUGCACUAUCCUUUGUUUUCUGUUCUCAAAUUAUGACUGAAUAAAUUAAUGCAACGUUUCUAUGGUCCAAUAACUUCAAAAUGAUAGGAAUGCUAUUGAACAUUGUGCAUGGUCAGGUCCAAAAAAGCUAACAAAAGCCUAUAACAAAGGUUUCCCAACCAUUCCACUUUAAUUGACUAUGUUACAAGCCUAUGCAAGUUGAUACCUCUCCUUUUACUAGAUCUGGACCUAAAACUUUCAAAAUUCAUGGUAUGACUGGUUUUUGUGACUUUGUUGAAGAAUUUUUGUGGCCGAAAAGUUAUACCUGAAGUGAAUACAGUGUAUUAUGAGGGAAAGAAAAGGGGCUAUGAGUGAUUUUGGUUAUGAAAGGUAACUGAUAAUCAAAAUUGGUUUAAACCAUUAAUGAAUUUCAUUUUGGACUACAACACAGAUACUCAGUGUUGGUGUUAGCUUUAAUAAAUCAAAUGUUUUUUUUAUUUUGCAGCUUGAGUGUCUAAAACUAAUUGCCUCGCCCAAGUUUACGGACAAAAGAAUAGGUUAUCUUGGAGCUAUGCUUCUUCUAGAUGAACGGCAAGAUGUUCACCUUUUGGUCACAAAUUCUCUCAAAAAGUGAGUCCAGUUGUUCACUCUAUAGCCUGAGAAAACAGCCAACAUUUCUCGAUGCCUCCACUGGUUUCUCCGUGAGAUGAAAUCUGAGGAAUGAGUGCAGAAACUCCAAGCUGAUGACAUGUCACUACCCAGAUUUGGGUUGUUCAUCUGAUUUAUCAUGCCGCAAAGGAAAUUUUUGUCAACCUGUUGGAAUCACUGUCCAGAUCUGGGUUGUGAGAUAUCAUCAAUGUGGAAUUUCUGCCCUAAUUCCUCAGGCAUCAUUUUUCUGGGAAACCAUUAAUGGUGUGGCAAAAUUUCGGAUGGUUUCUCAGACUAUUUACGGUUAGUUUUAUUUGUAUUUUAAAAUGCAGAGGCUUUGAUGGACACAUCAGCAUCUGAAAUACUCAAAACUACCCACUUAGAACUAUGAUCUAAGGUUUUCCUGUCACCACUAUAAUACAUGUAUCAUUGUAUGUCUUAUAAUGAUAUUGAGAGCUGACUUGAGUAGCCAACAUGUUUAGGAAAUGCAUUCUUCUAAAGCAAGCAUACAAAGGUGUACAUUAUACUACUAUUGCAUUUACAGUGUGUAGCCAACUAAUAUUGAUGCUUCUCCUUUUAGUGACUUGAAUCAUUCAAACCAGUUUGUUAUUGGUCUGGCACUAUGCUCCUUAGGAAAGUAAGGACAAAUUUUUUUUAUCUUGUUGUUAUAAAGUAUAAUGCAUGCAUUUCCAGAGAAGUCUUGUUACACUUCAAGUCUUGAGUAUAGUAAAAACUAAAAUUAAUGAUUUGUAUUUCUGUUGUACUUCUUUUUUUGGCAGCAUAUGUUCUCAGGAAAUGAGUCGUGAUUUAGCUGGUGAAGUGGAGAAACUGCUGAAGUCGUCAAAUUCUUAUCUAAGAAAAAAGGUGAUAUCUUUUAUAUUGAGCCAAAUUACAAGUAUUUUCUGUUUGCAUUAAAUGAAACAAAGCCCCUCAAUUUUCCCACCUUAAGGUUAAAAAUAAUGUUUUGGUACAAGUCCUCCUCAGGGAGACCGAUGACAAAUUGUGCUACAGUGUACAUUGUAAUUAUAUAAUUGUCUACAUUUACAUGUAGUUACAGUGAUUUGUGUUUGCUGCUAAUAAUAGUCAUGCAAACCUGGGAAAAUUGAUUGUUUGUGAAGUUUUAAUGGCCGUUUGUUAAUUUUACAUUUUGCUAUUACUUUUCAGGCUGCACUUUGUGCGGUAAGAAUUGUUCGAAAAGUACCUGAACUUAUGGAAGUGUUUAUCCCGACAACAAGAUCUCUUCUCAAUGAGCGAAACCAUGGUUAGUCUGAGUUGAUUGGUUUCUUUUUGCUAAACAAAAUUAGAUGACGUUUUUUAUUUGCAUUGUGAUGAUACCAUAAUAUGGUAAACUUGUACACUUUGCAGAUGUUACAUGUAUUUUUAUUUCUUUUGUUAGGUGUGUUAGUUUGUGGCGUUUCAUUGGUUACUGAGAUGUGUCGUGUCAAUCCAGAAACACUGACACACUUUCGAAGGGUAUGUUUGGAGUUAUUUUCCUCUCCCCAUUUUCAGCACACCUACACACACAUGCAUGUAACAUGGUGUGUUCAUCUUUAAUGGUUUUUUUUCCUACAUGUGUAUUUCACAUGAUAAUUAUAUUGUUGAGAUUCUUUUUGGCAAAUUUCAACGUUUUGAAACAUUUCUUCCAUGCAACCAGGAUUGACAAGUCGUGAUUAUGUGCUAGAAUUAUUUCAACAUGUUGCUUAAUUCACUGUUCUGUUAGUUUGUGGAGUGGAGUGGAGACCUGAUUUGACAGUUGACUGUUAAAGCUGUAUUAUGGGAAUUGAUAAACUUGUGGCCCUUGUUUGAUUGUUAAUUUUAAUCUGAACUAAAUCGUUUUAGAGUAACCAGUUAAAGAUGAUAAAAACAAAAUUUGUACAUUUUUCUUUCCCUGUAACACAGCAACCCAGUUUCUGACAGUAUGUUGACCAGCAAGAAAAGAAACAAUGAUGAUGAUAAAAAAAAGGGAACUAGCAUGAGGCAUCACAACUGUACUUUAGCCGUUGAUAUUUAUUGUCUUUCAUUUGAAUGGUUUUUUGCAUCACAGCAUGUACCAAUAUUAGUAAAAACACUGAAGAACCUUGUGAUGUCAGGCUAUUCUCCUGAACAUGACGUAUCAGGGAUCAGUGAUCCAUUCAUCCAGGUAAAUGAAAAAAAAGAAGGUUAUUCUAACAGUACAUGUGUGUUGUAUAAAAUUGGUCUUCCGGAACCAAAGUUGUUCACCCAAAUUUUAUGUGGGUUAGAUUACAAGAGAAUGCUGUUUCUAUUCUCAUGAUGUUUUUGUUCUUUGGCAAUUGGAUGUAAGUGUUGUGGUUAAUUUUUUAUCUCAGGUAAUGUUUGUUUUUCUUUUGUUUUUGGGUAUGGUAGUGUAUGCUAAUGAAGUUGAAACGAAAGAAAAGGAAAAAUUACCUGAGAUAAAAAUUAACUAUGUAACAUAAACACUGGAGAUGAACAUACUUGUACUCUCAGUCAAUGGUGUUGGUCUCAAUCUACAGUUGUAAGGCUUCAGCUCUUUUAUAUUUUUUAGUUUUUUCCUGUUAUUGUUGUUAAUUUUUAUUGGUGUUCCAUUUUCCAAAAAAUAUUCCGCUUAAAAAAAAAUUGGUACAAUAAUAUUGUAUCUGUCUUCCUUAGAAACCAGUAUUUUCCAUUCCAUCUAAAAUCAUAGGAUAAUUCACAUUUACAUGUACAUUUCAUACCAUUUUUAAUUAAGUUGUAAUUCAUUUUUUAAAUUCUUUUAGGUUAAAAUACUGAGACUUCUAAGAAUGCUUGGUAAAGAUGAAGAGUCAGUCAGUGACCAGAUGAACGAUGUUCUUGCUCAGGUGAGUGAUUAAUGUUUAAUUUCCCCUUACUUUCUGCAACAAUGUCCCUUUGAAAAGAUUUCAUCACCAGCAGUAACCAUCAUUCUGGUACAAAGAAUGAUUCUGUUCAGUCACUUCCAGCCGCAGCCAUCAGAAGUUCCUGUAGUAGCCAUGGAACAUUCCAAGUGGAAGCAAUUAUUCUCUUAUUUUAUGCCAUGAUUUAGAGAAUACAGCCAAUAAGAAAGCUAGAAACCCUUUGCAUUUUCUGUGCUAUGUAAGUAUGUAGUGUGUCACGGAAAAUCAAGGUGAUGCUCCUGGCCUUCACACUUCCCACCAAAACCAAUGCAGAUACUGACAGCUAAAACUUUUCAUCAAAAAUUGCCAAAAGUAACUUUAAACAGCACUGUAAAACCCAGCACAAGGCACUUGUGGGAUAUUUCACUGUAUACCACUUGAAAGCAUUGCAAAACUAACUAGUACAUGUAUGUUUAUGCAAUAAUAAAUAGUAAAAAUGGUAAAAUUAUUAUUUUGUGUUGUUUUUUUUGGGUCAGGUUGCAACAAACACAGAAACAAGCAAAAAUGUAGGCAAUGCCAUCUUGUAUGAGACAGUUCUCACCAUAAUGGACACCAAAUCUGAGAGUGGCCUCAGAGUAUGUACAUUUUUUGUUUUCAGCAGUUUACUUCAUACAUCAUACGUUGUGUCUGUUUUAUGAUCUGUACAUGUAUCGUCAAACGGAUCCUAGUAUUAAGCAGUCACCGUUAUGGACUAGCUAAGUUAUAACUUUACAACAGUGUGAUCUUUAAAACAGGUUUUGAAAAUUUGCUUCUAUUUAAAAUUUCAAGCAACAAAUGGAUAGAUAGAGAGAAAAUUGAUUAACCUCAAAGGGAUUUCUGUCCUUGUGUUAAAAGAAAAGAAAUAUUCAGCCAUUGCUGGCCCAAACACAGACAUACAUUUACACGAUGUAGUACAACAAUGCCUUGAUACAUGUUUAUCCUCGAUACAUGUACCUCUAAACGGAGGUAGAGGUGAAGGCAAAAAGAAAUAGCUCAGUGGGAUGUAGGAAAUGGUGACUGUCACCACUUCCAUGUAAUAAAGGUCAUUUUUAAGGGGUGACUGCUUGAUCCAGGUUUGACUAUGGGUGAGUGAAACUUACAAGUGUCAAUGUCUUGUUUCUGUUUUAGGUUUUAGCAAUCAACAUUUUAGGACGCUUUCUUUUAAACAAUGACAAAAAUAUAAGGUGAGGGAUGCAUACAUUUGUAGAAAGUCAUUGUCAUUAUUUCCAGUUUCAUCUUAACUAGCAGUUGAUACUUCAGUGGACAGUGAUUGUGGUGAAGCCACUGAGAAGGAAAUAAAGGAAAUAAAGCCCAAAGUAGUCAAUUGGUUAUAAAUGAGUGUGGAUUUAUCAGUAGAUUAAUUGAUAAAAAAUGAUAAAUCUGAUUCUGACUUGGUGGCGUCCUGUUGGCUUUUGCCCCUGAGCAUUAUAGAGUCUCUCCUUUUGUGAGGACAGGCCACAGUGUUCCCUUUAUAAAGUGAAUUUUCUCUGCGUCUGGUUUUCUGUAACAACAGGGUUUUACGGGAGAGGGUUAUCAGCCCUCAGCCCAACCCCCAACCUAAAGGACCACACUUAGUCUGGUCUCUAUCCUUCAAACCUGUUCGGCAUGGGUGGCCCUACCUGGAGUCAAAGACCCCAGCUGACACACACACUGUAGCUCUGUGGGUCAUUGAGACUUGCAAACCACUCCACCACAGUGAGGUGGUGAUCCCUUUGGAGUGGACAUUUGGGAGCAAUCAAUAGACAAAAAUCGGUAUAGAUAAAAAUCAUCAGCAAUCAAGUGAUUUUUAUUGAUUGAUAAUGGAAAUCAGUGAAAAACUGUCUAGGAAGUCUUUUAACCUGAAUUUCAGACAUCCUAUCGACUUGAAGGGGAACCUCUAGGAAACCGUUAUCUAAAGUUGUAUCUCUUGUGAUUUUUGCCUGCAGUAACUGACUGUAAUUUAAACUGAACCGUUUUUGUUAUUACAGUCAACUCUCUUUAAGACGGACACCUUUGGGACCGGCACUAAGUGUCUGUCUUAGAGAGAUGUCCGUCUUAUAGAGAGUCAAAUAAAGGGAGUAAAGAAAGGCAGGGACCAACUCUAAGUGUCCGUUUUACAGAGGUGUCCGUCUUAUAGAGGUGUCCAUUAAGAGAGAGUUGAGUGUAGUACAAAAUAAAGGGUUUCAGAGAGAAACUUGUGUGUGUAAUAGUCCUUAGACUUCUGUUACAAAAAUUGUUAAAAUCAUAAAAAAUCAAUUAUAUCGAUUUGACACAGCAAUUGAAUUUAUUGAUUUUCACCAAUUGUCAUUAUCAAUUGGUAAAAAUCACUUGAUUGCUACCGAUUUCUAUCAAUUGACUACUUUGGGAAAAAGGAAAUUGUUGACUUUGUUCUUAAUAAUUAAUAAUUUGGGGUAGGAGGCAGUGAAAGUUGAGAAUCGAACUGGGGUAAAAGGAAAAUUUAACCUGAAUUUUAUUUUGAAUUUAAACACUCAUUUUUUUAAAUAAAUUUUUCUUCAGAUAUGUUGCAUUAAACACACUUUUAAAGACUGUUCAUGCUGAUUACAAUGCAGUUCAGAGACAUCGGACAACCAUUUUAGAUUGCCUAAAGGACCCAGAUAUUUCUAUAAGAAGGUGAUGUGUCAAAUAUGUGAUAUUCAUGUAGUAUUACAAUUUUGAUACUAAAAUAUUAAUAUUCCACAAAGAGGGAACUGUGCAGGGUAAAUAAAAAAUACACUUUAAGCAUGAAACACAGCUUGUACGACUGUCAGUGAAGAAGGGUUAUACACCCAAAACCUUUGUUUCUAUGAUAAAUUGUGCCAUUUUUUGACAUUGUGUUUCGAUAGUAACAUUCUGUGAUGCAAGUGUUGCACAUCUCAUAUGAAUUUUCCCUUCACCAUUAAUUUUUGUAGACAUGUCGCCUUUUUAACAUACUGUAGAGCUACAAGUAUGCAAAGUGAUCAGUUGUUUUACGUCUUGAAAAGAAACGGGCCAAAUCUCAAGCUCUUGUUAUGUUUUUCAUCUUCAUUCCAUCUGAAAGAGAUGUUAAAAAUUAUUAACUGUAUGAUAAUGUUGGUUGUGUAUUUUCAGGAGGGCUAUGGAGUUGUCUUUUGCUCUUAUAAACUCCAGUAAUGUUCGUGGCAUGAUGAAGGAACUGCUGGCUUUCCUUGUCAAAGCUGAUGUCGAGUUCAAGGCCUACGUCACAUCAGAAAUCUUUUUAGCUGCAGAAAAGUAUGUUUCAUUCUCUUUGUUGCACGCUUACCUAUAAUUCCCUUUGUACUACUUAUCCAAAGCUAUAUAAUUGUUUGGUUAUUAAGCAAGCUGAAUUUUUUCUUAUGGGCCUAUUAUGUACUAUGUUUUAAGGUUUGCAUGUUAGAAGAAAUUAAUAACCAGUUACUGUAUUCUUGAAGGUUUGACACAUAGUAAAAAUUUAAUUGUUUGUACUAUUGGUCUUUGUCAGGCGAUGAUGCUGAUUUAUUGUGCAGGACUAAUAAAAUUUAUUGUAACACCGGGUAUUUUUGCUGUAUUUUGAGAGUCUCCAUGAACAUGAGAAUGUCAUUACUAAAACAAGUGUUGUACUGUUUGUAGGCAUGCUCCAAACAAGAGGUGGCAUAUUGACACUAUGAUGAAAGUACUCACAUCUGUAAGUGGUGCCAGAAUGUAUUGCUCCUCAUAAAAAUAAUAAGGAGCUUAAGGUGGAUCGACUGGAUUUUUUGGGGUUGAUACCUUCCAGGUUUGAGCAUUAACUACGUCGGCAUGAAUAGAGAUAUGGAAAAAAAGUUACCACAACUGUAUUAUAUAAAGAUGAAAAUUUCUUAUGAUCUGGGAUUUAUUGCAAUCGGAGUCGCCAUGGCAACGUAAUGAUGCCAUUACGUUUUUCAUUUAUUGUUGGGUUUCUCUGUACCAGGAGUUUUUUGAAGAAAUCGCUUAAGGGAGUAUGUACCUGCCAUAAUUGAAGAGCGUUUUCGAAUUAUUUUGAAAUGCAGUUUUAAGAAUCAUCAAAGCAGUGAAAUAGCAUGCUAGCCGCACAAUUCGCUAAUAUUUUAAGAAAAUGAUAAGCUUUGGAAUCGCGGCUUCAUCUCAUAGUGGUUUGAUUCCAUUGAAAACUGCAUACAAAAAAAAAGGGGAAUUUCUCUGGGCGAUCGCGAGUAAGAAGAAUUUUAUUAACUUGCAUUCAGCUGCUUUUGAUACAGUUUUUGGACGUAAUUUGGUCCAUGCCUAAAAAUUCCGCAUUUUUCCAAAAACCGCUCGAUACGUUUUUUUAUAAAUCCCACAAUUCCGAGAUCAAUCGUCAGGAAAUAUUCCCUGCAAGUUUCAAGAACAUUGAAAACAGGGAAGGCUUUUAAAUAGGGCCUCAAACAUAACUAAUUUCCGCCCCACAUUUUGUGUUUACAAGUGAGCGUCCUAAUUAUUCACUGGCAUUGUUUUCAAGUUUCAUAUGCACGUGCACAACUAGCAAAAGAUAUAAAUUUGCAUAAAAAAGAACUCUCGAUUACUUUCCGAAGAAAUAGCCGGAAUAUGCUAAUAACUGGCUUGUCGUCACAGAUAGCAGUGAGAGCCGAAACGGUGAACGUCACGGCUCAUCGUGUAGGAUGCAAUACUUAAUUAUCUUACUCGGGUUAUAACAUCACAGAAACUCUCACAAAGAGUUGGCCUGAUCUUAUAAUGUAUCACUAAUCUCUUUACCCGGUAAUUAGCAUAUCCCAGAGAUUUAACCGAGGGUCCUUUUUGAUGCAAAUUCUAUCUUUUUGCUAAAUGUAAAAAUACAUCUGGUUAGAAGCCCAUCCCCGGAUUUAUAAGCCUCCUUGUAGCUUGUAUUGAAAUGAAUUCAUUUUUUUUUACGACGUUUGAAAGUGUAAAAAAGUGAGUGACGUUGAAAAGUGUCUUGAUCAGCUUUGCUACAAUGUAUGUAGCUUGUUUCAAACCAUUUUUUAGUCCAGUUAUAAGUUUUCCUGGAUAUAAGCCCCUUCUUUAUAAGCCGUUCUAAAACUCGUUACAAAGUUAUAUAAGCCCAAGGCUUAUGAAUGGAAGUUACGGUUUGCUUUUUAUAGGAUAACAUCCAUUUUACAAUAACUGAGAGAUUUUUCGCACCCUGAUUGGUUUAGAACUAUUGUCGAUAAGAAUACAGGCUAUGGAAAAGGACUUGAUGGUGGUGUACUUUUUUUUGCUCUAAAUAAGUAUUUGUAUUUGUAUUUGUAUUUAUUUAUUUGCCACACUAUUAUAAUAAUUACAAAGAAAUGCCAAAAAAAAUGUAGGAAGAAAUUGGCAAGGAGGCCUAAAGGAGACUAUAGAGCUUAUGUUAAUUAGGCCUCUUCAAUUACAAUUUUUCGAAGAUGGCAUAAAAAUUACGGCGACGGAUACAAAAUAAUAUCAGGUGGAAAAUUAAACUAAUCAAUAUUACGGAAGUUUACAAAUAAUGUUAAAUAUUAAAAGGCUUUUUCGCAAGAUUUCUGUUGGAGUAAUUUUGUUCUCACUCCGCCCAAUGAUUUAUCUUUCAACACACUGUUUUCUUCAUCUGAGAAAAGAAUGAUUAAUAAACAUUCUGCAAUAUGAGGGCAAAAGAAUUUUGAAUAUUGUUGUAGUGUUUUGGAUACCAAUGCGACAAUUUUUGAUGGUUAUUGUAUGUUGUAUUGUUAUACUUUAGGCAGGAAGUUUUGUACGUGAUGAUGCAGUUCCCAGCCUUGUUUACUUGGUGUCGACGUCAAGUGAACUGCAAGGUUAUGCAGUGCAGAGUUUGUACAAAGCCAUGCAAAAUGACAUCAGCCAGGUAUUCCUCUGUCCUACUCAAAAUUAUUUCAAUAAUGUCAAUGAAAAAUAGUACAAAAUUAAGAAGUUUUUGCAUCUUUAAAAACAAUUCCUUUUUGUGAGUUAGGGAUAAGCAGCUCUUGAAGUGUAAUAGUGACUACGUAAUGUUUCGUCUUUCUUUUUACCUUAUUUUUCAUAUACGUUUGUAUACUUUUAAUUUUUUAGAUACUAAAGUAUGUUUUACCUACACUGUAUGCGGCACCUUUUCACAAAAGUCAAUCCAUCACUAUCUUUUCUUUGAGACUUCCAGUACUGUUGUGGUCUUUUGGGAUUGCUCAAAAAUAUAUACAUGUAUUAACUGACACGAAAUGUGGUAGCAACCAAAAAUUAAUGUAAAGCCGCGUUUUGGUAGUACAUAUAGUUGUGUGUUACAGCUUUUAAUGUAGAAUGUAAUAUCUUGCCUAACCUUAAAAUGUACAGCUGGUAAAUCUUGACUAACAAAAUACAUAAUUUUGACACAACAUUUUGACAAUUUGUGGCACAACAGACACCUCUUAAUAAUGACGACUUAUAUUCUCUGUUCCCAGUUAUCUUAGGAUAAGAACCAAUCAGACUUUUAACAACACAGUCUUGGUGUCUGAAUUAUGCAGUUUUGACUUAAAUACUUUUGUAUUUGGAAUCGGCCUUUAAUCAAAGAUAUAACAUGCUAGCCUGCUAGCAAGCUCUUUUUCUUUUUUCUCUCCCACCCUAGAGCUCCCCGGAGUGCUUUGGUUUAUUGAGACUGAUUAUGUAGUGUGUUACUACUGCAUGCCUUGUUGUGUUUUAGCAACCUUUAGUGCAAGUGGGAUCUUGGUGCUGUGGUGAAUAUGGUGAUCAGCUCUUUGUUGAUAUUGAAGAAGAUGAAUCUCUCAAUGUAAGUUCUGACACAAACAUCUGUUUUGUUUUUUUUGAAAGAAAUGUUGCGUCACGUCAUUAUUGAAUUAAAAAAAUUGAUCGCUUACCUAAUCUCAUUAAAAGGCAGUUGGUAAGCACGAGAAUUUUCUGGUAUAAAACAGUACACAAUAGUAUGAUUUAUUAAGGAGGCUUGCCAGAAACAAUUAUUGUUUGUUCCACAUUAAGCUGUAUUUGUUUAAUCAGGCUUUUGCUCAGGCAGUCCUUGUUUAACAAUAAUAUUACCAAAAUUAGGGGAAAGUAGGAGUUUCGACAGAACAUGCAAAUAAAGCGUUGUGGUUUGAACAACAGAAUGACAGACCAUUAACAAGUGCCCUCUUCUCUCAGUGUGAAUUUAACUUAGACCCUGUUUACAUGGAGUGGGGGACCCCGGACUAGUGGGGUAAGUUUCUUUUGUUUUGUGUCUCCCAGAGCGUGAAAACAAAAGAAACCAACCCCACUAGACCGGGGUCCCCCACUCCAUGUAAACAGGCCCUUACUACCACCUUGCUUUGUAGAUUACAGAGAGUGAUGUCUUGGAUGUUCUAGAGAGCAUUCUCUACAGUUCACAUUCUACUGCCACAACAAAAGAUUAUGCAUUAACAGCUGUUAUGAAGCUCAGUACACGCUUCUCUUCCACUCAGGAGUAAGUACAAUAUUACUUGAAGUAACCAAAGGUUACGGGGUGGGUGAGAGCAUCAGCGAUCUAAGGUCAAAACUCUCUUGCUCCAACGCUCUGCUUUGCUUAAGUUACACGUGAGAGAAGGUCAAAACGCGCGUGAUCAGAGUACGAGUGACAGAAGGUCCAAAUGCGCAUUAUUAGAUUGCGUUCUAUGCGUUCCAUUUAUUCUUAGUGGAAGUCCAAACAAUUAAACACUUUCACGUCGUAGUCGUGCAACGACGGCUAAGAAAUGUACAAAAAAGCGUGAUGCACGUGCAAAGUGGUUGUUUUGCCAAUCCAAACCUAAUGCUUUUUUGCCGUUCUCGUUGUUGUGGUCGUCAUUGCUUAUGCUCCCUACUGUUUGCUUACACGUCCCCCAGACUAGAAAACCAUUAAUCUACUUAAAACUAGUAAUAAUUGGAAAUUAGGGGAGUACGUUCGGCAGGCAGGGAGGGGUGAUAAGGCAAGGAGGAGGGAGAGUGAGAGAUGGAGGUUAAGGAGGGGGGUGCAAGGUAAAGUAUGAUGUUAUGUUGUCAUAUUCUCUUAAUAUUUGACGUCCGUUUUUGAUUAGACUGCGAGCAGUCUCUCUUUUUCUUCAGAUUUAGUAACGCGCGAGCGUUGAGUGGCGAAGCCGCGAGACGCGAGAAGAAAAAAGAAAUCUCUUUUGUCAUGCCUCUACCGGCUCGCGCCUUCAGUCGCGUGCGUGGUCAUUUGCGUGUCUCGGGCGUUUCGCUCGACGGACCAACAAAAAAAAGAGAGGCUGCUCGUUGUCUAGUUUUUGAUCUACAAACUACAAUAAAAACCCAAUGCGAAAAAGAACGACAGUGCUCAUAAAAUGAAAGUAGAAAUAACCAGCCAGUCAGUCCAAGAUGGCGGCUAAACCGUGAAAUCAUAUGGCAUCCAGAAAAAUACCCGCAGGACAGUGCAUUGCGCCGAGAAAAAGGACUCGAAUAUUGAGCGUUCUCCUUCGUCGAACGUAAUAAACAUCUGUGAACGAAUUUGGAGGUCCACUGUCUACCUUAAACUUCGUUCUAAGUUAGACUUCCUAUAUUUUAGUAGCUAACCUUUGUUAACUGACCACUUGCCUCUUGUCUGAGGUUGGAAGCUUAUUAGAGGUCUGAUUGGAACUUAAUACCUAACUACUUGGUGUACUACAGUGUACAUGUGAUCCUGCCAGUAGCUGUCUAUGUACAUCAUGUAUUACUGCACCCUCUUACACCAAACUGGACUUUCCAUGAUAAGUUCUGUCAGCAGCUUAUUACUAGGGCAUCCUAUUUGCAGCUUAAUAACGUAACACUUUAGAUAUAGUGAAAGAAGUUGUUUUCUUUCAUCAUUUUCAGACGGAUUAGGAAUAUUAUUAAUCAAUUUGAAGUCAACAUGGAUGCAGAAUUACAGCAAAGAGGAGUUGAAUUUGGAGCUCUCUUUAAGAAGCAUGACAGUAUGAGGUAUAUGGCCUUUUUAUGUUUGAGCAAAUUGUAAUGUAUGUCAGUGAAACAAAGUACGGAAUUUGGUUAGUAGCUUUCAGUGCAGUUCUUUUUUUCUUACCCUUGUAAAAUUUCCAGUCGUAAUCUUGCCACAUGACCAUUUAAAUUAUCUGAUUUGGUGCUGUAAAAGGUGGUGUAGAUCUUCAUCCUGAUCGGUAAAUAUCUUACAGUUCAAGCUCUGCUAACAGUCUCUGGUACCCAGUAAAAGAAGUGCUAGGGCAGAAGCUGUUAUCAAUAGAAGCACAAUCUACACUUAGAUGGCUAAAGCAGACACUGAAGAAUUUAAACUAUCUAAACUGUUAUCAGGAGACCAUGUUACACCUAUUCCACUUCACAGUGGACACUAAAAUGAAUGUUGUCACAGGUGUUACCCUCGUGCAGUGUAGUACAGUCGACGCUCUCGUAAGCGACCACCUGGGAAAACGUGGUCGUAAUAGAACUGGUCGCUUACGAGAGGAGCUUUGGUAAGCGACCGCAUAGGAAAAAAAAAAUAGAGGGAGGUCUCUUAGGAGAACCUCAGAAACUCGUUAAUAAUUCACCCCCCAAAAGAAAAGAAAAUUAAUAAUAAGCCCAAAUCUAAAUAUCAGUGCAAGAAUACGUUGAUCUACAUCAGAAGAUUUUGAAGCCGUACAAACUUACAGUUCCUGUUUUAUCGGGAGAGAGCUUAAAAACAAAGGAAAAGUCCAGUUGGGUAAUCCCAAAAGUGGUCGUGGUCCCUUAAGUGAUUAGCCUGUUCCAGGCUCCGAGAAAGUCGGGUCCACUCGCGUACCUUUCAGUUUCGCGUCUUCCCCACUAUCUGAGAGCCUGAAACAGGCUCUUAAGGGAGCGGUCGAUUACUAAAAGUUUUUAUUACUAAGUGUAAGUCAUAGUUCAAACGGGGUUUCACAAAGGUGGUCGCAACUAGAGCUGGUCGCUUACGAGAGUGGUCACAAGGAGAGCUUCGACUGUUGUUUAACGUGUCUUUGCUCAUGGUGACUAAGGAUGAUGGUAACUAAGAGCGCUUACAUAGGCAGGAAGUAGAAGAGAAAUCCACUAUUAAUUUGUUAGGAUUGUCCAGCCUUAUCAGUCUAUUCUCACAUAAGACGCAAAGCGUGUGGAGGAAUUAAGCAAACAUACUCGAAAAAAAGCUUUUUGAUCAUCAAAAUGAUCGGUUUGGCUUGCAAGUUUUUUUUUGCUGAGCGCCUAAGGAAUUUUUUCCUCCCUGUUCAUUUUUGCUUUACACCCAGAUCCUGUACUUGCACAGCUAGAUUGAAGGCUGAUGUUAAAAAGUAACAUGUUAGUUGAUUGAUCUACAGGCCUGCUCUGUUGGAGAGGAUGCCAGUGUUUGAAUCGAAGACCACUGAGCCAAUUACCAAUGGAGAAGUGCCUUCACAACCCGAGACUGAAACAGUAAAACAAGAAGGUACGUGGUAAAAAAAAACGUAAGUUCUACAUCAGUUUCGAAGUAUCAAAAUUUAUACUUGGGUCCGAAGACAAAACCUAUUGCAGUUACUUUAUUAUAGGAAAUUAACACUUCAUAAAAUUAAAAUUCGCGUUGGUUUAAGUAGCGUUAAUUUCUGCGCUGUUAAUUAAGUGGAGCGUUGAUAGAGUUCUAAAGUGUGACGUCGUGAAAAUUAAAUUCAUGAAAUUAUGGGAUUUGUCGGGAUAUUCUGAAAGAACAACAUAUUGGCCCGAAAUGCUAAUUUUUUCAAGUAGGCCUCUUGGACGAUGUUCUUUCAGAAUAUCCUGACAAAUCCCAUAAUUUCACAAAUUUAGUUUUUAUGACGUCAUCACUUUAGAACUCUAUUGCCGCUACCUUAAUUGUCAUUAUUUUGGCUCCAAAUUCUCGAUACACUUCUGUCAUUCUUGACACCUAAGAAAGAGGAGUAUUUUAUCAGGGUGGAGAUUAUUCUGCAAAGACUAUGAUGUAAUUAAGUUGACAGCGAUGAUAUACCUAUGCGAUGAGAUAUUAUCUAUCACCAUACGAACAUUGAUAGUUAAAGAUACAGUCAACUGUCUCUAAGACGGACACCUUUGGGACCGGCACUAAGUGUCCGUCUUAGAGAGGUGUCCGUCUUAUAAAGAGUCAAAUAAAGGAAAUAAGCAAAGGCAGGGACCAACUCUAAGUGUCCGUUUUACAGAGGUGUCCGUUAAGAGAGAGUUGACUGUAUUGCGACAUUGUGAAACAGUAAAAUACAUGAACUUGCAGUUAAUGUUUGUUGCCAGCUUGGGGGAAUUGUUACAUACUAUAUUGUUGGAAUUAUGGUCAGUGUGUUGGAUUACACAGCAUAUUGUGGCAAAGUGUAUCAUUGCAGCCCUACUCCUUUUGCUACGUUAUGAUUGCCGAUAUUGUCGUUAUAGAGUGUUGUAAAAGAGAUUAAAUUUUAUUCACCAUAACUUGGUACUCUUUUGUGGAUUUCGGCUUAUUAUUUCUUUAUUUGCUUUGCAGCUGUAAUUGAAUCAAAACCUGCAAAACAAGCGGUAAGACUUCUGGUGUUAAUAACUGUUACUUAAGUUUGUUGUUGUUCGUUAUUUGUGGCAUAAGAUAUGCAUUAUUGACCUAGUGUCAGGUCGACGUGGCUGGAUAUUUGUCGUAAAAAAGGAGCGAGACAAAUGUUCAGCAAAACUCGGGCAAUAAAGGAUCUACUAUGUGGCCUGAAACAAUAUCGUCUCUCGCGAGACAAAACAAGCGAGAUGAGUCCAUCUUGCCCACUCGGGUACAGGUAGCCAAUCAGAACACUAGAUUUGCUCCAUCUUGCUUGCUCGGGUAGCCAAUCAGAACACUAGAUUCGCUUCAUCUUGCCCGCUCGGGUAGCCAAUCAGAACACGGUUUCCAAAAGAUGCGGCCGAUUUACCUUAUAUCGCAGACGUCUUCCAAGUUUGAAGAAUGAGCCGGGGGGGUUGAGCCAAUCAGAAACAAGGAGUUAUUUUGAAUGAAUAAUAAUCAACAAUAUUAACUUCGUCUGCGGUGAAUAAUUGUUAAAUAUGAUUUCCUUUGUUUUCCUAUCAAAUCAUAGUCUGACACGCUGUUGGAUCUACUUGGUGGAGGCCCCGCACCUGAACCUACACCCGCCCCAGUCCAACCACCGGCCCCUGCAGCCUCAUCAGGCGGGGAACUUUUAGAUUUACUAGGAGGUCUGGAUCUCGGCUCAACAAAUGCAGGUAUGUCCCUUUUAUAGUAAAAUUAUUUGGUGGCCCUUUUAUAGUAAAAGUGGUUGUUGGCUGUAGUGGUUCAGAUUGGUAAAGAUUGUUUUAGCUUGUUUUGCUUCGAAGCAUUUGCUCCCUAUUUACCGUAAAUCCUCUAUUAACCCCCCUCUCAAGUAAGUGCGCCCUCUCUAAUAAGCCACACCCCUUUUAGGGAAAGAAAUUUUUUAAGCUCCGUUUUCCCUAUUCUUUAAAAUAAUGAUAGACUAUGUUAAUUAAUACGACUGUAACACGUCAUGUGGAUUGAUUCACGUGCUGGUACAUGUAGUUCGGAUUUGUUUUUGAUCUUCGGCCUCCUGACCUGACCUCCAACUUCAUGUAACCAGGAAUUGGAGUUCUAGUUUUAAUGGCGAAUUGAUACCAUCAUCUUUGCUAAAUUAAAUAAGCCUCCCUCAGAUGUGCUUGAAAUAAAUGAGGCCCGCGGGGGUUGUUUAAUAGAGAUUUACGUUAAACGGGAUUUUAGACCGAAAUGUCAGCAAAUUCACCAGGCCACUUAUAAAAUACCCUUAUAUUCGUUGUGUAGGCUUAUCCUCGCGGGGUGUAAUUAUUCAAGUCUCUUUUGUUAGAACAAAAACAAAUGGCAAGUGUGCCUCUGAAUUUAUCAAGCUUCAGCUCUUGAUAGUAUAAACAGGUGGCCAGUGUUUCUAAAUGCACGCGACACAAAUCGUUGUUGGUUCGUAGCUGUUGCGGUGUGGGUAUAGUUGAAUCUUUUGUUUCCUGUCGUGAAAUUAUCAAGCCAUCCGUAUAAACCGAGGAACUACACUUUGAUAGUGUCGUUAACUGUUCAGUUCUUGUGCAAAGUACCCGCCGUUCGUUCCGAGAACGAAUGACAUUGCAUUAAGGCGUACAUGAUGAAUAUUACGGUACUCUUCAAAGUGACUAAUUCUGUUUUACCAUUGUCCAGGCCCUCCUCCAAUGAACAUGAUGGCGCCGUCACCCGCCGUGCCAAACUUGCUAGAUGGAGGAGGACCGCUGAAUCCAUCUCCUGCUGGGCAGCCGGCUCUCCUUCAGAUGAAUCACGAACCCCUUGCCCUUCAGAAUCAGGACUUCUCUACUGGUUUGUAACACUUUAUCAGUUAUUCUUCAAUACUGCAUAUAUACUAAGUACAUUCUGUACUUGUAACAAGAACUAGGGUUGUUAUUUUUUGUUUAGUACCUUGGAUAGCUACAGUACUCGCCAAAUUUUGAUAGCUGUUUUUAUCUCACGUUUUUGAAAAAAUGCGACGCCCAAUAUUGGGGACAUGGAGAGAAUGCAGAGAGGAAAAAGAUCUUAUGACGUAAAAAUUUGAAAGAGUUAGGAAACUUUGACGAGUAUCCUACGAAACUCGGUUUUACAGUACAAGUUCCAGCCUUGUAGGUAUCCAUGCAGCGCAUGAUUGUCUUUCGACUUUUGAUUUGCGUUUCUGGCAUUCCUUGCUAUUAGUUGGUUGUGAGAAUACACAGGACAUACAUUGUAAGAUUAAUGUCUUCGCCUCCUUCAUCGAAGCCAAUAGAAGGUGUUCAAGCACAGCCAGCAUGAUCAAUAACGUUUAUUAAUGUAAGGGGAGCGUAGUCUGCAGUGCAGUCAAACCCGGUUAAUGGCUGUUUUCGCACUAGACACGUAUUAUCCGUCCGAGACGGGUUAUCGCGUUAUCGGGUUAUUCGCGUCAGACAGAUAAUACGUCUUAAUUUGAAAAUGGAACGGUCUUAAUUUUGCAUGGACAAUCCGCCUGACUUUAUCCAUGUGUUUGCCAUCAGUUUUGACGGAUUUUGAAGAUGUAUUAACUGUCCGUAAUAACAGGUGUCCGUAAAGCGGGGUUCCAGUGCAUUGUACUGUGUGGCUCCGAAUUUUGCCCCGUCGUGUUACGAAGUGUGUUGAUUCAAUAUUUCGUAACUAUGAUUUUAAGUCGGAAAAAGUAAAUUGCAAAACACCCUCGGCUAUAGUAAUUAUUGCAAUCAAUCAUGCAGUGAUGCUCUGAACUGAAGCUUGUCUUCUCUCUUUAUAGGUUUCCCUUCCAUAACAGCGUUUGAGAGCAAUGGUCUAAAGAUUGAUUUCGCUUUCGAAAAGGUCCCAGGCAACCCAUCUAAUGUGGUGUCUAUUAUGGUAACAGCUACAAACUCACUCACCUUUCCCAUGACUGACUUCGUAUUUCAAGCCGCUGUUCCUAAGGUAUGGACUUAUAGUUAUACUGUUUUCUUGACCAUUUUUUCAAUUGUCAAUUGUUUUUCAAUUUUUCAGAACUCCAAGGGGUGACCCCCGCACCGCAGGGUAGUUGUCCUAAUAUCUGCUCAAUUUUUUUCAGUCAUCUGUAGCCUCACAUGAAGAUCGUUACCUAACUAGACUCUCCCACUGGCUUGUCACACACCGCUCUUACUUGUGACUUCUAGCGGGUUGAAGUGAUAGGUGAUCUGCCAGUGAGACAAUAAGAGAGACAAGGUAGUCUUAUUCACAAGCCUUAUUGGCUUCCCUGGGCUCCCUUCCCUCAACUUUUUUGAAAAUUUUAUACGUAUAUUUUGUUUGUAUGACGAAAAUGAUAAUGAAACAAAACAAUAAAACAAAACAAAACAAGUCACCUAAAGAGGCCACCGUUCACAUCACCAAAAGAUCAUAUGUCCCAUCUAAAUAUGUCUGCAACAGAAUCAUGCAGGUUAUGACAACUCAUGUCCAGGGUGGAUCUUUGUACUGUAAGAUGAGCAGUUCAAUUGUAUUCUCCGCCAACUGAACUGAGCUGAUGUUUUGCCACACCCCUAGGCAUCACUCGUUUGAAACUCGAGUCAAUGCCCCGGAGGUUUUCACAGGGCUCCACCUUAGAGUAAACUACUGAGUGAUCGCUUCUUCGUGACUCUUGUCUAGCGUACUGCUGAUGAUGAAGAACCAACAAGGGAGACUUGAUUCAGACUUGUAGUUAACAGUGAAAAUGAACUCAGUGUGAUUCACCUAUUUUGUACUAUUUUCUCAUGUUCAUAGACAUUCCAGUUACAGCUUCAAAGCCCGUCUGGUAAUGUCAUACCGCCAAAUAACUCCGGAGCUAUUAAUCAAGGACUUAAAGUCGCAAACCCUCAACAGGUACAAUCGUGCUUCUUGCACUUUCACUUGUAAAUUUUGUUUUCAGAACAUAGCCUUCUUCUGCCCUGUGUAACGUGAUCAGUAGGGGAAUGACAUUGAGGAGUUUUUAUCCUGGUUUUAUUUAUACGGUUUUUAGGAUAUUAGGAUGUAAUAUAUACAGUGAAACCUCAAUAUAGCGAAGGGCCAAGGGACUGGCAAAAUGUGCUCUCUAUAAGGAGCUUUUGUAUAUCAAGGUUCUGUCCCGUAUAUUUUACUAUUAGUGGGGUAAAGAAAAUCAUUUGUCAUACCGAGGACUUCGUUAUAUAGAGGUUCAUAACUUUGAGUUUCCACUGUACCUGAUUCAAUGAAGUUUGCUUUGGGUAUUGGGCAAUUGCCCACUGGGAAGCUAUUGUUUGCUGGUCACUCCGAAGCAAGUCGUUGCAGUGGGUUUCGUUUACCCAAUUGCCGAAGCAGCCUUUAUUGAAUAAGGUAUAUAUUGCAGUUGAUUUCCAGUCCCAAGGGCACUUUUUUUGGGGGAAUUUUAUUGUUCACGAGCAUUAUUUUCCGAAAUUGCUUUUGCGCAUCGUCGUUUUUGUCGUGGAUUAGUACCGUUGGAAUCCUCAGCUUACUCCUGGGUUAAUUUAUAAGCAACCAGCCAAUCAGGAGUAGAAUCAACGUCACGUCAUUGCCUUCAAGCUCACCAAAACAUUCCUGAUAUCCGAUUCGCCAUUCUUAUUGGCUUCCGUUUAUAAUUGGCCCAGAAUACAUUAUCUUAGCUUUGACUGGCAAGAGAUUGGUCAUAGGAAGCCCCUGGGGGGUACUCCUGGGAAUUCUUGUUGGGGGUGUGCCGCCCGGUUCUCCAAAUCCUGACCCUAUUUCAGACCAAAAAAUGUAAUUUUCCACACCCUUUUUCAGACCACACCUCUAAAAUCCAUACCCGUUUAUAGACCUGGCCUUUAGGCAGAAAUUAUGUUAUCAUUACUUAGAUUAAACCGCAAACAAAACAAUUCUUUAAAUCCUUGUCGAAUUCGCAUACUUCUCUUUCUUUCUUACUAAUUGGGAAUUGAAACGAUCAAUACGGUCAUACACUACGUGGUUCCCUCAAAAACCAUACCCGAUUCCAGACCAAAAUGGGCAAAGUGUAUACCCGUUUUCAGACCAAAACGGCGCAAAAACCCUACCCGAUGGGGCAGUACAUUACUAUAUGGCUUAUAUAAGGAAGUACCCCCCCCCCCCGGGGAGGAAGCGGGGCUUUUUAUUUAGGUAUUUCGUGGUUUCUAUCACUCGUUUUAAUUGGGACCAGUCGUUACUGCUCAUUCAUGUAACUUUCUUUCUGUUGGGCCAUAUUGUUCACUGAAAAUAACAUUCAACAUUCAAGAACUUUUUGGAUCCUGAUAUUGGUGCAGCUGCCCCUGAACUGAACACAUUUGUCUUCUAUUCUGUUUUUGUUCAGCUGGCUCUCGGGCUCUUUAACUCUAUCCGGGGCUAAGUCAUUUUGUAAUCAUUUGUUUAUUUUGCGUGAAAUUGUCAGCUGUACUACAGAGUGUUGUUUACGUUGUCGUGUAUGAGGUUGUUUAACCUGGUUCCCAACGUGACUACUUGAUGAACACGAUUGGGCGUGAGGAUUUUUUUGUAGUUUCUUUGAACUUUCACGUUUUCACUGUUUAUUGGAACACAAUAAUCAAACUCUUGGCAAAAAAGUUGUUAUUGAAAUCAGCCUCGUUGGUCGGCUGAUGAAAGUUUGUUUGAUAACACGUGAGAGUUGAAGCACUGCCGGCCACACACAUGUUCAGUUGACAGCAGCCUUCCUGUUGAAGAUAGCCUGUUGAAAAACAGCUGGUAUUUUUGUGCCUUUUACAGUCGAGCGCGAAUCACGAGCCCCAAAGGAAGCGAUCGCCUGUCAAACGUAGAUCUGAAAAUAACAGUCGGCUGUCGGGCAAUGUCGACUUAAAUUGGCCCGUGUCUUCAGUCUUAAUUUUGGUAGGUAGUAAAUACCAAAGACUAUAAUUUUGCAAUUGAAUAGAUUCCACGUAUGAAUUGUCAUAACGACGAAAUAACAUUGUUGCAGUGAAUUUACGGCAGUCUACCUGUGAAUCAGUUACUUACCAUGCACAUUUUUCGUUGCAGACGCGUAAUGCGUCCUUGAUUGAGUCCUACCACAUUUUUGUUUUGUGCGAUCAAAAUGGUGACUUAGUCGGACGUAUGCCCUUUCAAAAAAGAAAAAAAAAACCCGCCUGUUUUGCAGUGUACUAAAUUUCCACUCAACUGGUUUAGAAGAGAGUGAUGUAGUCUAACGUUACUGUUUACUCUGUUGUGUCCGUGCACAUGUUUCCGACGAAGUUUCCAAUAUGCCCUCAAAACUUGCUGGUUUUAAUUUGUUUUCUCACGUGUAGCGAUAAAUUAUUUCUGUUUCACAAGCCGCUUUUCUGCUCUGUUGCUUAACCUCUCCAUUAAAUAGCUUGUUACCGCCCACAGGGCUUUGUCUUCGUAGAAGUGAACGCCUUGUUGUUCUAUUGAUAUCAACACGUUCUUUCUUGUUUCUGUUAUUCAGGAGUUUGUAUGCGGUUUGUUGUGAGCAUUUGUGUGUUUUCUCCUAAUAAAGAGCUUCUCUGCCUACGCAAUUGGACCUUUUGUCUGAAAAUUAUGUUAAAUACUCUAACAGUUCCCAGCCGACGCCAAGUUAAUAAAACCUGUUUCAUUUGGCGUCCAUGUUAACGGGUGCUUUUUUCAAUUCUUUAUUAAAGCAGUCCUUCGACGUAUUGUUAAGGUUGUUUUCUUGUCGGCGAAGCUUUUUAUGUUAAUACUUUACUUGUUGUAAUGCAUGCCGUUUAUUGUGUUUCUUCUGACUGCUGAAUGCACAGUCCUAAACCAAGUAAACUGUAAUAAAGAAACCCAGUGUGGGUUUGAGUGAAAGGAACAAGUUGAUAAAUAAACGUUUUGUUAACUCUUUCCGCUCUUAGAUGUCAGACAUUUUGCUGUAAGCAGCUUUUCGUUUAUGCCCGCAGGAUUUUAAACCUUUGAUUGGUGACGUCAACGCCAUCCAUUUUCUUUUGAACGCUUCUGCUCAGAGCUUCUCGUACGUGCUUCACAGUUGUAUAACCACUCCGCUAAAUCAAUCCAAGAUAAAAAAAAAAAUUAAACUCAGUGCAGCAGAAUAAUUUAUAGAACGUCAACGCCAUUCUUUGGUAUGGAACGCUUCUGCUCAGAGCUUUUUUACAUUUGUACAAGCACGCCCCAGUGCAGCAGAAUAAUUUAUAGAACAACACGGCCAAAGUAUUCCUUGUAGCUUCUAUUUGUUUCCUUUUUGCAGAAACGAAAAUAAAAUUCACCUUGAAUUUUAAUUCUAAUAAAUGUAAAUAGCGGAGCUGUGAAGGACGUUUGUUUUGUCAAAGUCGCUGUCUACGCGGAUCUUUUGGAAUAUCACCUGAACAAAACUAAAAGCCCUAUAUGAAUCACGUUAUUAUUUUAGGCUUUGUUAUCUUUGAAUUCAUCCAAGAACGUCGAAGUUAGAGCCGAGACCGAAUCCUCUCGAUAGUUUUCCUGUCUUCUUACCACUCCCGUCUGACGUCUGUAAAAUAUUAAAUUUGGUUACUUACACAACUUUCACUUCAAACAUGACAUGGACUGGAUAAGGCUAGGCGAUAGAGUUUUUCAGACGGGCGGAACUUCCCCGCGCGGAGCACCGCGGGUUAGUAAAACUGGUUAUCUAUCCAUGCCAGAACUUUUGAUUGUCACGUGACCGUCCGUCAACCUGCCCAUGUAAUCUAUCGUGGGAUACGUGUCAAAGUCAAUUGACUGGAUGACAACUAUCAAAAUGGUUAUCCGCGGCCAUUUUCACGUUAUCGUAGGUCCAGGGUCACCAUCGACAAUUUUUCAUUGCGGGAUCGCGAGCACAAAGUGGUAUUUUAUUUUGCAGGGGUAUUAACAGGACAACUCGGAUUAAUAUUAAUCCGUGGAUUAUAAUAAUAAUAGAUUGUAAUAUGGUUAUUAUAAUCCGGUAAUAGAUUAUUAUAAUCCAGUAAUAGAUUAUUAUAAUCCAGCAAUAGAUUAUUAUAAUCCAGUAAUAGAUUAAGGCACGGCAAAAAUUGGAAGGAUUAGAUUAUUAUUAAUAAUAAUCAUCCGGAUUAAUAUUAAUCUCUAUUAUAAUCCGGGUGAGUGCAGCACCGGAAACAAUAAUUGGAGGAGGCUGGAUUGUUGAAGCUGAACAGUCGGCAUCAUUCUCCCAGAUAAGAGAUGGCGACAUUCUUGUUAAAGUGAAUGACAAGGCAUGUAUAAAGUAUCGUUAUCAACGCAUACAGGAUAUGUUGUCUGCAAGUCACUUCCCAACAUAACUCUAGAGUUCUUCCGUCCAGCAGAAAUUGGUGCCAACACUUCAGUCAAUCAUACGCCUUCGUGGAUGCCACCAGCUAACCCAUCAACAACAAUGGCUCCUUCUAUGACACCAAUCCUGAAACCCAGUCCUCUAACACGAACUCCUACUUUAAGUCCAGCAUAUACGCAGACGGUCCAAAUCAUGAAAUGCUCCCUGGGAAAUAACUAUCUCUAUGGAUCAAACUCAGAAAGACUGAGUCUUUUAGAAAUAACUGGAAAAGAUUCAAGGAUUUCCUUUGAUGAUGUGCGCACUGACAUCCCUUUCACUUUGUUAUUUUUUUUAUUACUUAAGAUCUUUAUUCUAUUCUACGUUAAAAAUCUUCAUGGCCCUGCAAAAAAUUCAGUUGCAACUGUAUUACCAGGAGAGCUGAGACAACUGCUGACUUCUGCUACUAAAAUAUAAUAACGUAUGAUAAGGAGUGCGGUUAUUGACUGAAUGUAAUUAAGAGUUUUGUUCACAAACUACUAGCACAAGUAGCAAAUUCGUCGUGGUUAGAAUAGAAUACAGCUGUUUCGAGAAAGGUUGUCGGGAAAAGUGCACGCGACAGUCCUGAAAGGCAUUGUGGGUGGUUUUGAGUUCUCUUGUUUUCAAAGAAAUUUGAAAGAAUUGGUACGAAAGGCCAUGGAAAUGUGUUUGCGAGUGCUAAAGGAAAGCAACAGAAGUAGGUUCGACAGCUACAGUCGUCAGGAACAGUGUAUUGAUCAUAUCCCAUAUUACCUUUCGGGAUUGUCGCGUGCACAUUUUUUCCGACAACCUUUCUCGAAAUAGCUGUAUUUUCUUUAUUGAGAGACUUGUAGGAAUUUGAGCUAUGUGGGAUUAUAUUUAUCAGAUUAAUAUUAAUCCUAAUCGUUUAAGGUACGGCUCAAAGCUCAGUUAUGGAUUAUAAUAAUCUAUUAUUGGAUCUAAUAUUAGGAUUAAUAUUAAUCUGAUUAAUAUUAAUCCUACAUAAGAUUAAUAGUAAUCCUAAUUGAUCAAGGCACGGCUCAAACCUCAGUAAUGGAUUAUAAUAAUCUAUUACUGGAUUAUAAUAAUCUAUCACUGGAUUAUAAUAAUCAAUUACUGGAUUAUAAUAAUCAUUAGGAUUAAUAUUAAUCCGAUUAAUAUUAAUCCGAGUUGUCCUGUAUUAAUAGUCUGCUACACAGCCGUUUUUAGUGCCGUCAGGCAACCCUCCUGACGUGGCGACACUAAAAACGGCCGUGUAGGAGACCAGGGUAUUAAGGGCUUGGGCAAAGGCCUUUGGCUUGGGCGGAAUUUUGUGAUCUCGUCUGGAAGUGUAUGCCGGGGUGCUCGGUGGCUUCCACGAGUUUGUUUUAAUGACAAGUAUUUAACGGAAGCUCCCUCUUUGGGCUUGGCUAAAUCUGUAUGUGUAUUAUCAGGAGCUGUUACGUGCGGUAAGACUCUCUCUUCCCUUCCCAGACAUUCUCCAUCCCCACCAUAUAAUCGUCUGUAAUUAUUAUACGACUUUGCGAAGCUAUAUCUCGGUUAGUUUUCAACAAAUCACUUUCAAACUUGAUGUGUGAUUUUAUGGCACAGUACUAAAUGAACCCCAGGUAGAAGCCGAAUGGUUUGCGUAUCUCAGCUUCUCUUUGCCUCCCCUGCUCUAAAUUUGUUCUGCUUUGUUUCCAUAGCAACCUUUACGAAUGAGAUUAAAAGUGACAUACAAGAUAAACGGCGCAGCCGUGAAUGAACAGGGCGAAGUCAACAGCUUUCCACCUGGACUCUGACGGGACCCUAUUUUAUGUAAAAAUUAUAUUUUGUAUGGUAAAUGCUGAUUAACGUAUACUUCCCAGUCGCAUUCCUGGACGUCUGUAGAUUACUAUUGACAGGCACAUUAAAAUAGUAUCUACAGUGAUGUAAAAGUUGCUCGUCGACACCCAAAUUCUCCUUACGUUUUAAUGAUAGAAUUAUGUAAGCUAGUGCAAUACGGAAAAUCGUCAGUUGAGCGGCAGGAGAUUUUAUAUUCUCAUAAGAUGUUGUAUGUGAUAAUAAGCUACUCGUAAGGAGAAUUUGUUUGUUGAUGUAAUGGUUUGAAGGUUGAAGAACAAAACAGUUAGCCCACGACAAGAUUAUGCUUCUUUAAUUUAGGAAUAUUCGCCAUGGAUAUAGAAAAGUUAAUUUACUCUUUGGGGUGUGGUAAACCAUAGAUUUGCUGAAUUUUCCUCCCAACCUUCUGAAGUCCCCGUCGGAUUUUUUUCAUGUAAGUCACGUGAUUCGUGACUGUGUAGGAUGAGCAGACGAUUAAAAAUUCCUAGUUUAAAGUCAGUUUACGCUACUUAUUACUUUUAAGUUAGAUGUCUGUAAACAAAGCUAAUAGUAAAAUAGAAAUCUUGUCAAAGGAAAAUGAUCCAAUAAGCCGACGAUUUCGAGCAUUAGGAGCAUUAAAGGAAACAAAUCCUUUGGCAUCGAAAUUGAACUGGUACGUAAUAUGACGGACCAAACUGUUUCAUUGAUAUAGUGUACAUGUCGUUGUUACUAGCGUGGUGCGUUGUUUUUAAGCUUCAAAAUUCUGUCCAUUAGUCGAGAGGCCUAAGUAAACCUGACGCGCCGAAAAACAGCGCCCAGGAAGCCUGAUCCUUCUAGAGAGCUUUCAAAAACAGUUCUGGCGUUAUAUAGUCGACAAAAAUAACAUAAUUUGUCCCAUGUGGUUUUUAGUGCACAAAUUGACCUGACUUACCAGGUAGCUAAGGAUUUUGUGUAAAACAACAAUUCAAACUUCGAUUCAAACUUCGUCUUCUCUGUCCGUGAGAUUUUCCAGAUAUUUUGGCGUUAGGUUUUGUGACACGCCAGGUUAGAGGCGAGGUAGUUGGAUUGAAUCCUUAACUCCAUUACAGUGAUAAAAACUUUCCCUUCCCUUGUCUCAUAGAAGUGGAGUUGCGAGGUUGCUUUAUCAUGAUAUCUUAAGCUCCUUGGUAGCAGAUUAAACUUUUAUUUUACAAUAAGCUGAUCGCCUCAAUCAUGUCAGAAAUGUAUUUUUGAGGUAGACGGUCAGAGGCGAGGAAAAUACAAUGUCAGCUUUGAUAGAAGCAGUAAAAUAAAUGAAUUCUCAGAGUAGACAACGAAACAAAGACUAUUGUCAUGUUCUUUUUAUAAUGAUCACAAGACUUGUCCCAGUUUACCAUAUCGUGGAUGGACCGUUUUGUUCUGCCCUCGGUAAGAUACAAGACAAAAUGUACCAGUUACUUAAGUUUUUCGUUUUAACAGAAGUUAAUCCUUUCACAGACAGAGUGAAUCACGGAGUCUCGUCCGGUGGUUCUUAAUCUUGAGUCUUUUUACAAAAUCCUUUGUGUGACCAUUCAUAUGAAACCUCUUUGAAAGUACUUUCACGUUGGUUUUCAGCAUUUUACACGAUGAAAUUUGGACAUUUUGUUGAAUUUUCGUUAAAUGGUACUUUUCUCGGGUCGUAGAAAAUAGCUGAGUAGGAAAACUUGUUUAUUGUUCAGCGACAUUGAGCGGUCGAACUAGGAGAGUGUUAAAAUACUAUGCUGGUUCAACUAAUCCUAGUUUCCAGGAGCCUCGAAUUCAAAAUUUGGACGCGGAGAACAAACAUAUGCCAAUAUACUCAUUAAGUAAGAAGAACCUUUGGGUAUUUUAGGAGCCAUAUUUGUUUCCCUCUGGAGCCUAUUACCAGUGUAGGUCCACUGUUUCAAAAUUUGGCCCUUCUUUCUGCCGUCUUCGUUUUCUCCCAUAGUGAAAAUAUGCGGACGCGACAGAGUAGUUUUCACGGCAAAGCUUGGCCUAAAAUAACCCAAAGUAUAAAGGUCAUAAGUGAGAGAUGGAAACUCCAUGGUAAUUGGCUCCUGUUUCCAUUCAAUCUGGAGCGAGGCAAGUUUCAAUCGGAGCUAUGUGCAACUGGCUAAACCCCGAAAAGGUUCUGGGGAUGAGCAGUCGCAUGCUCUGAACCGGUUUGAAAUAAGAAAAGAAAUCACAGUUUUUGACUUCCUUGUCGGCAUGAGACUUCACUUCGUGAAACGCUGCAUGAUUGACAUAAAUCGGAGCGGUCGCUGAGUUUUUGGUUAAAGACCAGCGAUCUCUAAGGAUUUAUGGAUACUAAUCUUUCCUGUGCUACAUAGCAUUAAUUUUUUUUACACUACUACUCGUUCUUGCAAGGCAAGAUUCAUUUAGAGAGGAAAGCCUUAAAGGGGCUGUGUCACGGCGGUCCAGUUCAUUUUGUUUAAUUUUGCCAAUUACUCGCCCUCAAUCGCUAUGGAAAUUAAAGUAAGCAAAGAAAUUACAGGUAUAUGACAAAAUCAGAGAUCCGAGGCAAACAAAUUUCAAGCAGAAGGAAUCAACUUUGAAAAACUGCCAGGCUGAACAGUUUUCAACAACCCUAAUUUCAAUCCGUUUCAAUCUUCUUCAGUUUUGCCCAUGCGUGGUAUCUGUUGUUUCUGUUAUGUUAUUUUAACC